CGGCAUUUCAAUAUCAGCGUUGCAGCCAAGCUCCAUGUCAAGCAAUGGCGCCAACGUGCUGCUAGUAGGCCAACUGUAUCAAGACUUUAUACUUCAUGUGGAUGAGUUUCCUGCUGAGGAUGCAAAAAAGCGUGCCAGCAAACUCGAGAUUCGAUCGGGAGGCAAUUGCGGAAACACGCUGAUGGUUCUGAGCCAGCUACCCAGCGUCCAAACCUGGUGUAUGACUUCCCUUGGACCCAAGGAAGAAGCAGGGAGUCUGCUGCUGGGAUUGGAAAAUCAAGGUGUCCAUACUAGCACCUGUGUCUUUCAUGACCAUGGCGUGAACCCGUCAAGCUAUGUGAUCCAUGCGGCCAAUACGGGUACUAGAACCAUCAUAAGUUAUAACGAAGCUCAAGAUAUUACACUAAGUGAUUUCCAGCAAAAGGUGGAAACGGCCAUGUCAGAUACCAAGCAGCAUUUCACGUGGGUGCACUUUGAAGGCCGAAACAUAGAUAAUGCUGUCCAGCAAAUCGAUUGGAUGCACAACAAGGCCAUAAAAGAGAAUUGGCGUGAUCGGUUGACCAUCUCUGUCGAAUUGGAAAAGCCCGACCGAGAAAACAUUGAUACCUUUCUGGAUAAAGGCGAUGUGGUUUUUUUUUCAAAGCUGUUUGCAGAGAAGAGAGGGUUUAGCGAUGCUCCAUCGUUCUUAAAGGCAUACAGCACACGAUGCCGGCCAAAAUCGAUUCUGUUUUGUACAUGGGGAGCACAAGGCGCCACAUGUUUACAACGAGCAACCAACCAAAUAUUGUCUGCACCAGCUUUAAACAUUGAUCAGGUUGUUGAUACGGUUGGAGCGGGAGAUACCUUCACUGCCGGUGUCAUAUAUGGACUGAGUCAUGGAUUCAAUGUUUUGGAUGUGCUCACGUUUUCUUGCGAGCUGGCAGGGCGCAAGGUAGCUCAGACGGGAUUUGAUCAACUUAAACAGCAACUGGAUGCUAGGUGGAACAAGGCGCUUGAUGAAAGUCAUCAUAGAGCCUUUACAUAAAGACGGGUGGCUAAUAAAGUUAUCGGAAUACCAUAGUACUUGCAAUGUUGACAGUCACACGGCUGAGC